AUGAAAGAUAAUUGGGAUGCAUAUGAGGUACCUGACCGAAACAAGUUUGAGCUUCUCGCAGGUCAAUAUUUAUCAGAUGUCAUUCAGCAAAUCAUGGAAGAACCGAUUCCCAAACCAAGGCUUGCCGAUUACGAAGAAUUCAACCCGAGCGAUGGAGCAAAAGAUAGAGCCAUUCUGGAGGAAUCAUCAGACUGGCUGGAAGAAAGUCCACUUUACAUAUGGAUGCCGUGGCCGAAAGAAAUUGAUGAGAAUAUCGCUGCCGUAUGCGAAGAGAAGACACAACCCCUCCUGCUUAUCCCCGAGCUGACAUCCCCAUCCACCCCACCAGCAUUACCACUGACUCAACCCCUCAUGCCCCAACCUCCCGACCCCCGAACCGCACGAACACUCGAGUCAAAAAUAACGACUCAACCCAAAGAACUUCAUCUCCUUACCCCAAUAAUUCUCAAGCAUCUCGAUGAACUCUCUCCUGUCCGCACUCCGAAACCGGCUACCAUGUCCCAAUACACUCUUCAGCACAUGCAUGAAUCAAACGGUUAUGCCGAUCAUUUGAUUCAUCUCCACAUGUCUUCAACGUUGCUUGACCUGUGCUCCAAUGGUCCCUUGAUGGCGGAAGAUGCCCCAGUGUACUCGAAUAUUGGACCCUUUAUUUUAUGCAGUGAGAUUUAUUUCUGCGAGAGGGUGAUAAGAUAG